AUGAUUGCAUGGUGUUCUAGGAUUUACAAAAAUCAAAAGCCUGACAAUAAAUACGUAUCGGUAUUGUGGAGUGCGAGUCCAGUCGCUGUGGACAAUGAGUGCACGCGUGAAGCCAAGCGAGACGCGCGCCCACCGGAGGCAAUGCGCGAGCGUCUGUUUUUAAAAAGCAUUCCGCAGCCCUCAUUAGCCGGUGCACCGUGCGAUGCUGUCAGUGAGCAAGCCGGCAUCGUUAGUCCAGCAGAAGAAGCAGCAGUGGGCGCGGGAGAGAGGUGCGUACUACGUAGUUGUGAGGAAAUGUCACAUCUGUACUUGCCUUGGGGUGCCGGUGAACGAUAUACAAAUCGUUUGCAAGUGCGGAAUCAAUUUGCAAGUACUCUGGAGCUACAUAAACAGUCAUCUUACGAUUAUCAAGAACCUGCUCCACGUCAGAGGAGCCCGAGCUUACCACCCAUACACAGUACCGAGGAGAGAUUAACGAAAGAUGAGAGGAAGACCAACAUAUUAAAUCGAAACAUUCCGAGUGCGAAGAGGUUUGCAUUUUACGAUGAAGACGGAGAAGGCGAUACCUCUGGCUACGGAAGUGAGACUCUCAAUCACAUGAACAAAAGUGGACAUAGGACAAUACAUGAGCCCAGCACCCAGGGCCCUGUUGUAGCGUGGCAGCAAGAGAGAAAAGACGACAGAACAUCGAGCGGUGCAAAGACAGGUACAUCAGAUGCGUGGUCGUCCCGCAGCCCACGGACCGCCGAAGAAGGUCGCUUGCGUUGGGGCGACCGAGGGGUCGCAACUGGCCGUCUUUGGGAACCCACUGCCCCCAACGCUAGACUACCCCAGAUGCCAAAUCAGAAGAAAGGUACACCUUCAUGGGUUGAACGAGGUUUGAAUAUGAUUGAAAAUGCUUCAGAAGUUCUAGUCAUUGACCAAAGAAGUUCGAGUAACAGUACAGGAAUAGACUGUGAUAGAUCAUCUUGCAAUGGUAGCGAUGAAGGAAGAACAUUCCUUAGAGGACAAAACGUUCCACUCGAACCCGAAAUCAAGGCUCAGCGAGAAAACAAACGUAUAAAAGCGCUAGAAAUACAGUCAGCUAUUUUAAGUCAGUUGGAGGAUCGAGAGAAAAGACGUCAAGAAGAAAGAGAAAGACAGUUAAGAGAAGAGAGACUAGAAGAACUACGUAUCCAAAGACAACAAGAAGAAGAUAGACAAAGACUAGAAGAAGAAAGACGCAAAAUGGAAGAGAAGCAAAUAAUGGAACAAAAAAAAUUGGAUGCAUUGAAGAGAGCACUGGAAGAUGCGGAGAGAAAAGCUAAGCAAGAUAAAGAAAAAAGAUUCUCAGUUCAUAAACGAACUGCAGUCCCCAAUGUUAACGAUGAGGUAAAAACAAAAGCAGAAGCAGAAGCCACUGUAACUACUCCUCUAACUGUCGAAGCUACAAGUCCCUCUAAAACUAGCCGAACAUAUGAUGUGCAUUCAGCAAAAAGUUUAAAAAGGGAGUGUCAUUCUCACCAAACAACCGAAUUUAAUUCACCAAGAUCUCAAGUACCUAGCAACUUAAACUUAUUUAUACAUAGCGUGCCUCCACUAGCCCUAACAGAUGGUCAAUUUAAUAUCGUGCCGAUUGGCAUGACUAAUAACAGUGAAGUGAUAAAUACACAGCCAAAUAACAUACAGCUAGCAGUACUUGUUCCACAAAACGUGGCCAAUAGUUUAUACAGCGUAUCAUUAAACCCAUUAAACAAUACAAGUGAACUAACAGAGGUCGGUAAAUUAUUAACGCCAAACAAAUAUCGUACAUUACGAAUGAAAGACGUGUCUACUCAAACCGAUUCAAUAUUUAAGAAUACGACCGAUAAAUUGGUAGAGACGGAUGAGUUAGAAAGAAAUAUUGAUAAGGAUUAUCCAAAUAUUGAUGAAAAUGCACCACAAGAUAGUCAUCACAAUACUUUGAAAAAAGAUAGACGGUUCCGGUCUGAAGAAAGAUAUAAAAAAGAUUUAGAAAAUCGCCCUAAAUGGGGAGUCAAUAGGCCUGUAGCCCAGUAUAAAAAACAAAGUGAAAAAGAUCCUUUUUACAGUCAAAAAAGAAAAAUGAGACAAAAAUAUAGGCCUCAAGCAAGACAAUAUUUAUCACAUUCUAGCGAAGAUAGCCGUUCUCCAAGUCCGCCUACUAGAUCAGAAAAAACUGUCGAGAACAGCGUUAAACACCGCAACUCGCUAAGUCAAUCAUAUUGGAGAAGUAAACGAUCUAGUCAAGAUUCUAAAUCUAAUAAUAUGUCUGAUUGUACAAAUUUACAAUCAGAGUUUAAUAAUCUAGGUCAGAUAACAGCGAACGACAUUUCUGAGAACAAAAAAUCGCCCAAAACAUCUCCUGUAAAAAGAAUGACUUUGUCACAGAAAUUUAUAAAUGAUAAAUACGGAAACAGAAAAUUGUGGAUCGACGACGUAAACGAAAGACACGUUAAAUCGAAUUUUUUUGACGUGGAAAACAGAAAAAGAAUUAUUGACCAAUUAAAUACUGCCAAAAGAGAGUAUUUAGAGAAAAAUGAAGACCGAGAGAACUUUGCAAUAAAGCCUAAGUUUUAA